GUGUGUCAGUGUGUUGUGUGUGAGCUACCAAAUUUCCAAGUUUCUCUCGUCACAAUAACAGUUAGUUAGAUUGUUAGAGAAGUACAAAACCAUGCUUCAAUUCUCUUCUUCGUCAGACACAUUCUCCAUUUUUCUGUUCUCAAAUCAAUGGAAGCAACCAAGCACCGCCAGAAGUUGCAAUGGGAGUACGGCGUCGCCACCUUAGCUUCCAGAUUCUCCACCGUAACCAUCAAUCAUCCCCUCGACGUUGUCCAAACUAGGUUUCAAGUUAACGAUGGUCGACGACUCCUCUCUCAAAUUCCUAGAUACAACAACACCGCUCACGCCAUUUUCACCAUUGCUCGCUUAGAGGGAUUGAGAGGGCUAUAUGCAGGCUUUCUUGCUGGGGCUGUUGGGUCAACUAUUUCAUCGGGUUUAGGACUCUUAUACUAUGUCAAAGCUAAACAAAGACAUGCUAUUGCUAUGAGCAGUGAGGAGAAGUAUAUUCCAGAUCUUGCCUCAGCUAUGGAAGCAGGAGCUUUGGUUUGCUUGUGCAGAAAUCCUUUUUCGCUAGUGAAGACAAGACUGCAGCUUCAGACACCUCUUCAUCAGGCACGGCCAUAUGCUGGGCUAUAUGAUGCAUUUAGGACCAUAAAGAGGGAAGAAGGAUUUAGUGCACUUUUCAGAGGGAUUGUUCCUAGUUUAUUUAUGGUCUCUUAUAUUGCAAUUCACGUCACGGUAUACGAGGAGCUUCGUAAAACUAUUGUCAAUUUGAAGACCAAAGGAAGUAAAAUACAACAUCAAAACCCUGAUCAAAUCUUGAAUUCUGUUGAUUUUGCUGUUCUUGGAGCAACAUCAAGAGUUGCUGCAAUAUUCCCAACCUAUCCAUUUCAGGUUAUACGGACUCGUUUGCAGCAACGACCUGACAGUGAUGGGAUACCAAGAUAUAGAAACAGUUGGCAUAUUGUCAAAGAAAUUGCAAGAUUUGAAGGUGUCCGAGGAUUCUACAAGGGAAUCACUCCGAACCUUUUGAUAAACAUUCCUGUUGCUUCAAUGACAUUUAUUGUUUAUGAAAAUGUUCUAAAAUUACUUAAACUGGCUAAAAGGAAUGACUGAUUAUUUUCCUUUUACUUUAUGAUGAUGAUGAUGAUGAUGAUGAUGAUGAUGAUUUAUUCUUUCUUUCA